AUGUUCCACGCAUUUGCGAAGUCGCCGGUGUACGAGCAACUCCUGCGGCCCCUCAGUAGCAAUUCGAUGCUGAUGAUAUGUGUGGCGACGGGAUGCAUGAGCGCAUUUGUGUACUUGUCCUACGCCCGGAGCAGUCUGGCCAUAUUGCGUCAAACACAGGAGAACUGUCAAGGUAUCGCUGAAAACGCCUUUGUGCAGAGCAGGAAAUUGUUGAAGAGCCUGGAAGAGGACUGGGCGCAAGAUAUGAAGUCACGUGAUGACUCGGUGCGACGACUGGAGUUGCAGAAUGUAGAACAGACACGCAGCAUCGCCCGCCUGGAUGCAGCAAUGAAACUUUGCAUCGCACCAGGACCACAAAUACUAGAGUGA